AUGAUUCCAUCGUCUGUUCCAUUUCUGCUUCUCUUCCUUUCUUUCUUUGCACCUGCACCCUGUACACUUUCUGACCCAAGAGCACAGAGAAUCGCUCUGCUAUGCACUAACCGCACAGAGUCGUCCCUAUCCGCACGCCAGGUAUUCAUCGCAAACUUUCUGGCGGCGAUGGACACUUUGACCCCUAUGACGACCGCGCGGCAGCACGGCGCCGUGGCGAAGGGGUCCGGAAACGCCACUGUUUACGCCAAGGGGGAGUGCAUGAAGGACCUCUCGCAGUCGGACUGUAACGUGUGCCUGGCGCAGUGCAAGACGCAGCUCCUCGGGUGUCUCCCGUUUCAGAAAGGGACACGAGGCGGCAGGUUGUUCUUCGACGGCUGCUACCUCCGCUACGACGACUACAACUUCUUCGCCGAAAGCCUCGACGACCAAGACACCACUGUGUGCGGCACCAGUGGGAGUAGUAACAAUAAUAACAGUGAUAGUGCUAACAGUACCCGAAUUUAUAAGGCCAACGCUUUGGAGUUGGUUAGGAACCUGAGUGAGGUGGCGCCCAAAAACGAUGGGUUUUUGGUGGGGUCGGUGGAGAGAAGGAACGUGAGUGUUUACGGAUUGGCUCAGUGCUGGGAGCUUGUGAAUGGCAGUGUCUGCAGCAAAUGUUUGGCGGAUGCUGCUACGAGGAUUGCUUCAUGUGCAACACAAGAAGGGAGGGCGUUGAAUGCUGGUUGUUACUUGAGGUACUCUGCGCACAAGUUUUAUAACAAUUCAACCGAUGUUGCAAUUUCUGGAAAUCAUGGACAACGGAGUCUACCUAAAAUUCUGGCUGCAUCCUCUGCUGCCCUGGCUCUUCUGCUGGUUGUUACAACAGUUGUUUUCUUUAUAAGGAAGAACACGGUGUCAAGGAGAAGAGAAAGAAGACAGUUUGGUGCUCUUCUCGACAGAGUAAACAAGUCCAAGCUAAAUAUGCCUUAUGAGAUUCUUGAAAAGGCAACAAAUUACUUCAAUGAUGCCAACAAGCUAGGACAAGGGGGGUCAGGUUCUGUUUAUAAAGGAGUUAUGCCAGAUGGAAUUACUGUUGCCAUAAAAAGGCUAAGCUUUAACACAACACAAUGGGCGGAUCAUUUCUUCAACGAGGUCAAUUUGAUCAGUGGCAUUCAACACAAAAAUCUUGUAAAACUUUUAGGGUGCAGUAUUACAGGACCUGAAAGCCUUCUUGUUUAUGAAUAUGUGCCCAACCUGAGCCUCUAUGAUCACAUUUCUGUUAGAAGGAUUUGUCAACCGCUGACUUGGGUAAUCAGGCAUAAGAUUAUAUUAGGAAUUGCUGAGGGCAUGGCCUACCUUCACGAGGAAUCACAUGUGAGAGUCAUUCAUAGAGACAUAAAAUUGAGCAAUAUUCUGCUUGAGGAGGACUUCACACCGAAGAUUGCUGAUUUUGGACUUGCUAGAUUAUUUCCAGAAGACAAGUCUCAUCUUAGCACAGCCAUUGCUGGUACAUUGGGGUAUAUGGCUCCAGAGUAUGUUAUUCUUGGGAAGUUGUCUGAGAAAGCUGAUGUUUACAGUUUUGGAGUUCUAGUUAUCGAAAUUGUGUCUGGCAAAAGAAACAGUUCCUUGAUUAUGAAUUCAUCCUCUCUCCUACAAACGGUUUGGAGCCUCUAUGGAUCAAAUAGGCUAUUUGAAGUUGUUGAUCCGACCCUAUACGGUGCUUUUCCCGCAGAAGAAGCAUGCAAACUCCUUCAGAUAGGGCUGCUUUGUGCACAAGCAUCUGCAGAGUUGAGACCAUCAAUGUCAGUAGUAGUUAAAAUGGUUAAUCACAAUCACGAAAUUCCUCAGCCAACACAACCGCCAUUUAUUAAUACUGGUAGUUCAGAAGUCAGCAGAUCUGGUUUACCUGGAUAUAAUUUUCAGCCUGGAUGCAACACUCAGUCUUCAUCAAAUACCAUGACUGAGAGUCAGAUUGAACCUAGAUGA